GUCAAUUUGAAACGAUACAGAGAAGAUUAGCAUGGCCCCUGCACUAAGGAUGACACGCUCAAUCAAAGAGAAGCUACCAGUUUUUUUUAGAAUCGUUACAGACCUGAUUUGGAGGUACGAAGCACACGGUGUGGGUGUAAGAAGGGACCGUCGCCCGUUCGAAACGGGGCUUUUCUUUCUUUUUUUAUUCUUCAUCGCUCCCUUAUUCUACCACCCUCCUCAAGACGACUUUCUAACAAAUAAAAGACGUAAAUAAACAGAACUCGCUGACUGGAAAUAU